AUGGGCAAACGGCCCGGUCGCAGUGCUGGCCAAGCGGCCACCAAGAAGGCAAAGGGAGACAGUUGGGUCGAUCGUGUGCUUCUUGACACGCACCAGUUCCCAGCAGAGCGCGUGCCUGACCUCAUCCCUUUCACAGCACUGUACUUGCCCCUGCCCAUUGACAAAGCCCCUCCUUUGGUCACCUGGGCCAAGUUUGCGGUUCCGAUAUGGAACGUUUGGGAAAAUGAACGUGAACCCUUGGAGAUUCGGUCCAGCUCGCAGAAGCCUUUAGUUCCCGGGGAUCGGCUUGUGGCCUUCAGUGUUAGCCUCUGCCGUGGCUACACCCGAGCUACGAUCAUCGCCUUCGCCAUUUGCCAAAUGUUGACGGUUGAGGAUGCUGCAAGCUUCACAGAGAGCGAGAAAGAGGGCUUCACGAAGUGGUGGCUUUGCUCUGUGAUGAACAUCCGUGUGGUCUUCACGAAGAGGCAGCAUCACGAGUACAAUUACCGGAACAUGCAGCUGUCAGCGCAAGCUGGGGACCAUCCGGAGCUCUAUUCUGGCAAGAUAGAAGCGAUGGAGGCGGCCUUCAAGGAGUACAACUGCUUCGGCUUGGCAGAUGUUUCGGACAACUACAAGCUCCCCGAGAAGGACUGUGUCGCUAUGAAGGUGCUGAUCGAGAGCGUAGCUGAUGAGGUGCGCGUCCUCAUGGCCAGGCAUUUGCAGCAGUAUGUCUGGAGUGAAUCCGCGUACACACUCGAGUGCGUGAAGGGGGCUCGCUGGCACCUGGGAUCGACCGGGCGCUUUACCAGCAGUGACGGCGUCUGGCGUGACAUCAUGACUGUGACACGCUCGAAACAGACGUUCUUCCUACAGCGUGUCCAUUUCCUCUUCAGCAUCAAGCGCAAGCAAGUGCGAACAGCCACCAACGCGAGGUUGUCCCUGGAUGCAUGGGACAGUCUCAUGGACUCUACUUGCCUUGUCAUGUGGGCCAUGGAGGAAAUGGGCAAGGCUCGCGGUGAUGACGGCAGUGUUCUCUUUUCCGCGAGCACUCUUAGGGCUGUCGCCCAAAAGGUCCUCGAAGGGGACUACAACACCGAGCUCGACAAGUUUUGUGUGCUCAAGCUUGCUGACAUCAGGCCCUGCGACCUCAGCGUGUGGACUGAUCAUGUUCAGACCGCUACGACAGCAACGUUGAUCAAGCAGGGCGAAGAUGAGCUUACGAAGCUGGACAACGAAAGCGUCCAAAAGCAGUUCGAGAUUGACACGUACAAGAUUUCCUUGGACCUGGCUAGCUUCGUCUCCUACCUUGAGGAGGUUCACAAGAAUGGCAGGGCAAGGCAGUUGGCCAAGGUCUGUCACAUCCGGGCCGAAAACAAACGCGGAUCCAGCCUUGUCAUUGAGUUCAUGGAGAACAACUGCAGGCACCGCCACGGCCUGUACAAGGACAUGGAUGCCCUCGAAGAGAUCAAGAAGGUGGUGUGGUGGGAGUGGCGGUGGUGGGGUGAGUCAGAGGGCUGCUGGGGCGUUGGCGUGGUGGGGGAUCGACGCAAUGCUGUCCCUGCGCAGUGGAUGAAUGCUUGCCGUCCGGACGCAGCAAUCAUCUGGGCGGACCUGAGCAAGUUCGGACGCUUGGGGCAGGAUGAUUUCAACCACGUCACCGAAGCCAUUCGCGUGCUGCUACAGCACAUGCCCUCCCACUCUGCCGCGGUGGUGAUUGUUCCUCUGUUGCCGAGUGCCAAGGUCGUAGCGGGCCUUCGUGGGGAGGUGAGACGAUUGGAGGACAAACUGGAUGCAAAAUUCAUUGGCAACACCGGCUUCAAUGUCAUCAUGUCCGAGCCGCACCACAACAGGAAGCAGGCGCUUCUCUACCCGGGCUUGGUUUGUUGGCCGUCUGGGGUCAGUGAGAACAUCUUUCAGGACAGCAAGCUUGUCGUCGACAAGUGCAACCGCGAACCGGUGGAGUGGAUUGCAGAGCGGGACUACAAAGUUCCGACAAGAGCGAAGAAUGCGACCCCCAGCACCAGGGAAGAUCAAGACAGGUCGCAUUCGGAGGUGCAGGAAGCUGCGCAGCACCUGGGAGGCAUGCACAUGCCAAGCACCAUCUUGAGU